UCGAGUGCCGAAAGAGCUCGACCUUGCGAUCAAUCAGCCGAACUAUCGUCUGUCUGUGUUCUCCUAGUAGAGGAGAGCAGGAAUUAACAGAAAUAGUAGCAGCAGUAGCCGUAACGUAAAGAUUGCGGCGUUAGCCGUACAAGUCGUUUUGCGCUGAGUGUUCGAACAGGAAGAAAAGAGAUUCAAGUGUUUGCCAGUGCACCGAAUACAGUCAGCCAGCAGUUAUCUGCCACAAUGAAUUCAGCUAUCCUCAGAUGCAUCUCUCCUGCUGUGCGGCGGAUAGCUAUCACCACUCUCUCGAACCGUGGAUACGCUGCUGCUCUCGAUCACGACCUGGUAGUAAUUGGUUCAGGUCCGGGUGGGUACGUCGCUGCUGUCAAGGCUGCACAGCUCGGCCUAAAAACAGCAUGUGUCGAAAAAAACGUCACCCUCGGGGGAACCUGCCUCAAUGUUGGCUGCAUCCCCUCGAAGGCUCUACUACACAACUCGCAUCUGUACCAUGAAGCCUUGCACCAGUUUGCUGCGCGAGGAAUCGAGUGCGACAAUGUGCGACUCAACCUCAAAAAUCUAAUGGAUCAGAAAAACAAGGCUGUGGCGGCCCUAACUGGCGGAAUUGUUCAUCUUUUCAAACAAAAUAAGGUUUCUCGGUUCGAAGGACACGGGAAAAUCACUAGCCCAAACGAAGUCACCGUUCUUAAGGCGGAUGGAUCAACAGAAACAAUAAAAACUAAGAACAUUUUGAUCGCAACGGGAUCCGAGGUUACACCAUUCCCGGGCAUCGAGAUUGACGAAGAAACCAUUGUGUCAUCAACGGGAGCGCUCUCUCUCAGCAAAGUCCCUGAGAAGCUGGUGGUAAUUGGCGCCGGAGUAAUUGGUUUAGAAUUGGGGUCGGUAUGGUUAAGAUUGGGAUCCGAGGUAACCGCCGUCGAGUUCCUUGGGAGUAUAGGUGGAGUUGGAAUUGAUGGAGAGAUUUCUAAAAACUUCCAGCGAAUCCUCGCCAAACAAGGAAUGAAAUUCAAGCUUGACACAAAGGUAAUGGGAGCUCAGAAAAGUGGAGGCAAUAUUACCGUUCAGCUGCAGUCAGCGAAAGAUUCAACGAAAAGUGAAGAGAUUCAGUGCGAUACUCUUCUCGUGUGCGUCGGCAGAAGGCCAUAUACUGAAAACCUUGGCCUUGAAGAGCUCGGAAUUAAAAAAGACCAGAAAGGAAGAAUCGAAGUGAACAAGUCUUUCCAAACGACCAUUCCGAAUAUCUAUGCUAUCGGUGAUUGCAUCCCGGGCCCAAUGCUUGCUCACAAGGCGGAGGAUGAAGGCAUUAUCUGCGUAGAGAACAUUGCUUCGGGUAUCAAGCCACAUAUCGACUAUGAUUGCGUGCCGAGCGUAAUUUACACACACCCCGAGGUCGCUUGGGUGGGAAAGACUGAAGAGCAAGUGAAGUCGGAAGGCAUUACUUAUAAGGUUGGCAAAUUUCCACUCCUGGCUAAUUCGCGCGCCAAGACCAACGGUGAAACUGACGGUCUGGUAAAGAUUAUCGCUGACAAGAAGACCGACCGAAUUCUUGGAGCUCAUAUGAUUGGAUGGGGUGCUGGGGAGAUCAUCAAUGAAGCUGCACUAGGCCUCGAGUACGGAGCGUCGUGCGAAGAUAUAGCUCGCGUUUGCCAUGCUCACCCAACGGUUUCAGAGGCCUUCCGAGAAGCCAAUCUCGCUGCAUAUGCUGGCAAGGCCAUCAACUUCUAAGCUAAAAGGAAAAGCAAUCGGCUUUGUCUUCCCCUUUAACGGCACGCAGGCCUGUCACAGAAACUACAGAUUUCAGAACGGCAGACACCAUCUCGCAGCAAACAAAUGUAUCAACCUUAAAUCAUUAUUCUAUCCCCGAAGACCAAAGAGUCAAAUUAUUAGCUGUAAAAUCCUUCUGAUACUUAAUGAUAAUAUAAUAAGCAUAAAUGUAAUAUUGAGUGAGUUUAAUUUAAUUAGAAGUCUAAGCAAUCGAUGUGAUUAUCGUCAUACGAACGCGGUGUAUUUGAAUGGCAAGUGACCUAACGGAAUUGUCGUAAGUAUUUAGGCUCUCUCGGUCUGAGAUGGUACAGGUAUGUUUGUUGAAUAGGAGAAAUGGGAGUAACAUCCGAUUUGAAAACACAUAAAUGGAAAGCCAGCGAACCAUUGCGUCAUGAAAUGAAGGCCGGCUAGUGAGAUAGUAUGAUUACAGGAAAACAAAUGCAGUGUCAUUUGUGCAUGUUGAUAGAAUAGACAGGUGAGCUGAAGAUUUUUUUCUCGCUACACAUGAAAUACCAGGUUUUGACAGGCUAGAUCAUGGUACGCACUAAUGAGUGUUAGGUGCUUGUUAUUUCUGCAGCAACAAGGAAAAAAUGACGGGUUACGCUUGGUAGAAGUCUGUCGCAAUCAUACUCAUUGCCCCCGGUGUUAUAAUUCAUAUAAUGAUUACUAUUUUUACUAUACUGUGCUAUAAUAUAACGAGUUAGAUAGCGAUUAGCUAGCGAUUUUGCAAACAUUCUGAUAAAUUCUGCAAACAUUUUACUAUUAGAGGCAAACAAAAGGCAUAAAAUUUACACUGCCACUCUGGUUCAUCGGAACGAAGCCUUAAGUGUUCGCGUGUCCCUUCUAAAUCGGUUAACAGUGCAAAAAGGACAUAUUGAAGCAGUGAUAUAAUAACAAAAAAACGAGAUAGCGAGUACGAAUGAUUUCGACGGACGAAAUGAUGUUUUAACCAACAACAAUACAUAAAUGAAUAAACCUGAAAAAUGUAAAUAACUUAGUGUGGGAAAAGGACGGAUUGAAUAAAUUGAAUUAAAUUAAUGUUGCUUUA